UACUUGCUAUUCAUGAGGGGGCGGGGCCUACUUCCCGCUGGGGCUCCUGGGAGUGUUCUAAAAUGUUCUUGAGGCCACGGGGGCGCCUGAGAGGUGGGAACGCAGCUCCAGCGCGGACCGGAGCCGGACCCUACUUACCCGGCGGGAAAUCUUUGAGGAAAAAAAAUUUUUUUUUAAACGUUAAGAAAUUUGAGAAUGGUGGGGCAAAACGACUAAAUCCCAUUUUCCUGUGAAUCUUUAGCCGGAAAACUGUCAAAACUUGUGGUAAAAAGAUUUUUUCCCCCAGUAUUUUCUUGAGGUGAUAGUUUCAUCUUUACAUGGCCUGAAAGGGGGUAAAAAUACGUAUCGUAAUGUAGUUGGAUUCUUAUAUUGGCCGAUUUCUCUUUUAUGGUCCCCUUAAUUUACCUCUUUGGAGAUCUUUUGGGUUAAUAACCGAGCAGAUGGGGUGGGUCUCUUCAAAGGAUUUUAUUUUGUUAAAACAAAUGAAUUGCUAUUUGACGUUUUUUCUCUGAAGAAGGGGGGGGGGAAGUUCAUCAUUUAGGGCCUCCAAUAUAGCCAAAAAUCAGUGGGAAGGAACAGGGACAUUGAAACAUAUGUAACUUUGGCUUGUGAUUUUCUUCCUUUUAGAAGGGUGAGAAAAACUAGAAAUAAUUUGAGAUUACACCUUUAGGAUUUUCAGAAAAGCCUGAUGUUUCCCCCAAAAUGUUCUCGUCUGAGUGAGGAAGAUAAAAAAUUGUUAAGAGGAGCCAUUAGUUUUAAAGAAUUUGAGGCCUAUUGUUUUUUAACCCUUUUAAAGGUUUAAAAAGUAUAUAAACUUAGUGGCUGACUCUAAAGUCAUCCUAGGAACCAGGUAUCAGUGAGUCUCUGAAGACACAGGCCCUGUUUGAGUACUGAUUUGAGAAACAGGACAAAUCGUAGGCCAGAUUUAUAUUUUAUUGUAAUGAAAAUGCUUCAAAAUACCUGCUGUGAAAAAUUGAAAACAACCUCAUGGAUUAAAUAAGAUUCUUCCAUUUGGUGGAAUUAUACACAGCCGUUAAAGUAGAUAUACUUGUAGAUGUAUAUUUAUUGACAUAGAAAUUACAAUAUAGUGUUAACUGAAAUAAAGCAGAUUACAAAAUAGUAUGAAUAGUGUGACCCCCCCCCACCCUUUUAUGUUAAAAAUGCAUAUUUAUAUACAUGUAAAAUUCUGGAAGGGUAUAAACCAAAGUGUUUAUAGGUGAAUUUAAUUUUGUUUAGCUGUAUUUUGUAAACUUUUCUGGAAGGGUAUAAACCAAAGUGUUUAUAGGUGAAUUUAAUUUUGUUUAGCUGUAUUUUGUAAACUUUUCAACAGUAAACAUGUUAUUUGUGUAAUUUUAAUGAUAAUUUAAAGUAUCCACUAAUUUAAAUGCUCAUUGAAUGCUGAAGGAAAGUACUGUAGUAUUUUUGUAAAGGCGUUUCAGAUGAUGCUUUUCACUAAGCACUAAAUUUCUGUGUCAUGUUUUCAAAUAUUUCAUAGUGUUAAAUCAGUAUAAGUUGAUAUGUAACCUUUUAAGAUGAGUAAGUAACAAAGUGAUUUUAGUAAUUUUGUGCCCAAAGGAAAAAAAUGCUUUUUGGUCAGAUAUAUUUGUAACUCUUUGAUGAACUGUCUUAGUUGUUACUUCAGAAACAAGGUGCCAUAUACAUAUAUAUAUACACACGUACGUACAUAUUCGUAUGUACGUACAUAUAUGUGUAUGUAUACAUACCUAUACAAAAGACAAUGCUUUUUAAUUGAAACAAUGAAAUGAUACAAAGUCAUUGUGUGUGAUGCAUAAUAUAUAUAUUUUAAGAAUUAUUGUUUAGUGUAAGUAAAUACAAAACCCUGGUGGUGUAGUGGUUAAGUGUUAGGGUUGUUAUUCAAAAGGUUGACGGUUUGAAUCCACCAGGUGCUCCUUGGAAGCUCUAUGGGUCAGUUCUACCCUGUCCUAUAGGGUCACUGUGAGUCGGAAUCGACUCAAUGGCAAUGGGUUUUUUUGGUAAGUAAAUGAUCAGUAAUUUUAAUAAAUUCUUUUAGGAAAUGUUCAUCUUUGCAAUCAAGUGAUGCAGGCCCUUCCAAAGAUUUAUCAAUAAUUAUUAUUAACAAAAAGUGGAAUAGAUGGAAGAGCUGUUAUUAUUCAUUUACUUAUCCUAGUCUUAUAAUUUUGAAAAACUUUAAUUUCACUGCUCAUUUGUGUAUGGUAGAGCCUGUAACUGGUAAUAGCAAUAUGACCUAAAACUUAAGCUAUUAAAAAAAAAAAGAGCUAGUAAAUUGAAAUAGCUCUAAACUUAAAGUCUCUAUUUUUUUUAUUUCUUUGUUUUUAUUGUUUCUAACAAAAGACAAUGUCUACUCAGUUUUAAAAGAAAGAACAUUACUACAAAGUUUAAAACUACAUUAAUACUUUGAUUACAAUAUAAAGAUGGCAAAAGUAACAUACUAAUUGAUAGAUAUUGAAUGUAUUUUAUAUUAUUGCAUUGAUUUUUAUGUUAAAUCUUUUACUUUUUUCUGUUUUGCACAUUUCUUAGACUCUCAUCCAAAUACACACAUAUGUAUGUCUCAUUUUCAACCAAAACUCUUUUUCUGUUUAUUGUAUUUGAGCAAGCAAUAAAGAAUUUUGAAGUAUUUCAAAUGAUGCUGAGAUGGAAGGUACUGUUGGAAAAUUCCGUAUAUUGGACAUCAUAUUAAAACUUUUGUAAACAUGGAGAGACAGCUAUUGCCCAUCCAAGUAGCAACUUCUUCAUUAAAAAACAAUAGCUCUGUAUCGUUUUAAUGUCUUUCCUUCUUUGUCUUUUGUGCUUUGUUUUUCUAACCAGGAGAGAUUUAUGAGAUAAGAAAAAAGAUGACAUCCAGAAUAAAUACCAACUUCACUUUGAUCCCCAACCAGAAAUACAGACGAAGUAAUCGUCAAUCCAGCUAUCUUUCCAAAGCCUUUGACUCUGAUUCUCAACCCUUAUCAACUCUUGGAAAUUUUAAAGCCUUACCAUUGGAAAUAUUUCAGAUAAUCUUAAAAUAUUUGACAGUGAAAGAAAUCAGCAUGCUAAGCAUGGUGUCCAAAACAGUCAGCCAGCACAUUAUUAAUUAUAUCUCAAGCUCAUCAGGAAACAAAAGACUUUUACUACAGGACUUUCAUAAACUUGAGCUGUCUGGAAGGAGACAAGACUCUGCUAUAUUGGAACAUUACAGAUGUCUAGGUCUGCUAUUUAAAAGGUGCACGUUGCUGCUACCCACGAAGGAGAGGCUCAAGUACAUUCACAAGACUCUUGCAGAAGUUUCAUGUUUUAAAUUCAGUGGCUGUGCAGCUCCUAUGCAGUGUCUAGGAUUACCAUGUUAUGGCAUGUUUUUACAGACCUUAACAGCAGGUUGGGAUGAACUCGAGUGUCAUCGUGUUUAUAACUUCUUAUGUGAGCUGACCAAUCUCUCCCGCAAGAUGCAGACUGUUGUCUGCAGUAAACCAGGAAGCGCCCGGAAACUGGAAUUAAGGAUCAGGCUGUUCUGUAGGAAUGUCCUGCUUGAUCAUUGGACACAUCGAAGUGACUCUGCUUUUUGGUUAACUCGUAUAUUAAAACCGUGGCCUAUGGUGAAUCAGGCAAGAUUACUAUAUAUCAUCUUCGGGCCAAUAUCUCCUCAGGAUGGACAGGUGGUUUGGCAGAAAAUGGUAGAAGGACCUACAGAUGAAUCCAGUCUAAAAGGUUUGGCUGAUGCCAUUAAGUUACUAUAUGACACGGGCACUAAAGAGUGGACAGCAGAUGAUGUCAUCAGUCUUGUAGAUGAACUUUCAGUGGUUCCCCGUGAGUGGCUUCUGGAGAAUAAUGCACGCCUCCUAAUCCUAUGUGGGAACAACAUCUGUUUCACUUUCAUGGCUAGUAAAGCUGUGAAUGGACGGGCCAUUGAACUGGCAAGGCUGAUAGUCUUUUUGGCUUUGGUGUGCGAAAAAGAACUAUACUGCAUGGACUGGACAGUUAAAAUGAUGCAAAAAGUCUGUAAAGUCUUUAGCACUCCAAUGGAAAGAAAUAACUUCCUGCAGAGUGUGGCAAAUGCAUUUGCAUGUGUUAUAAUGGAAAUGAUGCAGUCAGUUAUGUCGGGAGAUCGCGAUGAAGAUGACAGAAGUUUUUUGAAUUUGUUCCAUCUUGUGCAUGCGCAGGCUAACUUCCAUAAAGAGAUCCUGUGUUUGACCAUGAAUACUCUCUCUACCUAAAUACUCAGAAAGCCUUGUCUUUAGAGAAUACCUCACUGAACUAACAUUUAGAAGAGUGCUACUUUUUCACACCCAAAGGAUAGCAUCUAUGGGACUUGUACUGUCUAAGUAACCUAUUAAUUCACAAGGUGCAUGGAACUUUAGAAGCAACUGCUUACACCAUUAUUAAUGUAAAAAUAACAGGCAAAUUCAAGAAUGUAUUGAGGUUCUGUGGAAAACAAGCUCUGUCUUUUCAGUUUUUUUUU